AUGGAUAAAUCCUGGAUGAGUACUGAUAGAACGAAGAAACGCUAUAGAGAAGAAGUCGCGGCGUGUCUGCGGUAUGCUAUCAACCAUCUCAAGGAGGAGGGUGAGACAUAUGAUGAAUUUCUUGUGUUGUGUCCAUGUACGUAUUGUUUAAAUCUCUGUGCAUGCUCAAUUGACGACGUAGAAGAUCAUUUAUUCGUAAAUGGAAUUGAUCAAACAUAUACUAUUUGGAGUAAGCAUGGGGAAAAGGAUGAGGUAAUAACUAGUAGUAGGUCGGUUAACGUCAAUAAUGGUAUGCACGCUGAAUUUGAAAUGGGAACUCCCACUGAUGCUCCAGACGAAUAUUUUGGAAUGGGAACUCCCACUGAUGCUCCAGACACUAUAGAUAUGAUGCAGGCUGCAGAAGAGUUCGCAGAUGACCCUAUAAAGUUUAAAAAGUUACUUGAGGAUGCUGAAAAUCCCUUAUACGAAGUAUGUCCCAACUUCACAAAGUUGUCUGCAAUUGUGCAGUUGUUUAAGUUGAAGAGUAAGCACGGUGCAUCGAACAUGUUUUUUAAUGAAUUGUUACCCUUGUUAAAGGACAUGCUUCCCAAAGAAGGUAAUUUAAUGGCGAGGAGUACAUAUCAGGAAAAGAAAAUAUUGAAAGCAAUGGGUUCAAGGUACACAAAGAUACAUGCAUGUAUCAACAACUGCAUUCUUUAUUGGAACGAGUGCAAGGAUGAAAAAGUGUGUCCUACUUGUAAAGCACCCAGAUGGAAAGUUGACAGGGAUGGUAAGGUGUACGAGAAUGUUCCAGCAAAGGUAUUGUGGUACUUAGACAGCAUCCCAAGAUUUCAGCGGUUGUUUCAAUUGAAGCCCACAACAGAAGAUUUGAUAUGGCACCAUACCACUAGAAACAAAGACGAUGUUUUACGUCAUCCGGCAGACUCACAUGCUUGGACAAAGAUAGAUAAAAAUUUCCCAGAAAUUAAAGGUGAUCCAAGAAAUCUGCGGUUAGCUGUUUCGGCUGAUGGAGUUGAUGUAAACACAGGCACCAAACAUCAUAGUGUAUGGCCAGUUUUGGUUGUGAUUUACAACCUUCCACUGGAGCUGUGUGUGAAGAGAAAGUUCAUCAUGUUGUCGUUACUUAUAGACGGUGCUCCUGGAAACAGCAUCGAUGUCUUUUUAGAACCUCUUGUUAAAGAUUUUCAAUUCUUAUUUGAGAAGGGAAAGAGAACAUGGGAUGCAUAUGCCCAAGAAAUGUUUACUCUAUGUGCAGUUGUUUUGUGGACGAUAAACGAUUAUCCUGCUCUUGGUACACUAUGUGGUUGUCGCUACGCUGGAUAUCAUGGUUGUGUGGUGUGUCGGAAAAAAACUCACAGCAUUAGGCUUCAUGACUCAAACAAGAAUGUUUAUGUUGGUUAUAGAAGAUUUUUACCCUAUGAGCAUCCAUUCAGAAGGCAGAAGAAGGCAUUUGACGGAAAACAAGAGUGGGAGACUGCUCCAAAACCAAUGACCGGGGAAGAAAUAUGA